AACGAUUCGAGGAGGCGACCGAGGGCUUCUCGCUUCUCUCGCCAAUACCGCAAAGGAGGUUCCUGGUUACAAUGAAUUCGGGUGCCAGAUGGGUAGAUCACUCUUCGAUAGACUCUGUCGUGCCCGGUUCCCAGUGCAUGUUGUCUCGAGACAAGAUAGGAUGGAUCCCCGUCUCUCCAGAUUUCCAUCGCAAUUCACAUACUCUGGCGGGAUGCCCGAUGACCCCAGCGUGAAUUCCAUUUCGAUCAGGGCUGAGAUCGCCAAUGCUCUUCGAGAUCGGAUAGAGAAGAAAGCAUCAGGUGCAAAUUUCGAACACGUGGAAUUGAUCGGAAUUGAUCGGAAUUGAUCGGAAUCGUUGUCACUGACGGCGCAACAUCCGGAAACAGCCAAAACCAAUCGAGAUCAAACAUCGAGAAUGUUGCUGUUGUCAUGGAUCUCG